UUCUUCUUCUUCUUCCUCCUCCUGACGUUCAUAUUUGGGAUUACAUGAAGCGUUGGCGGUGUUCACAGAUGAGCAAGGAAUCGACCUUGAUGGACGCGAUAAGUUAUAUCAAAGAGCUGGAGCAGAAGAAAGCUGAGCUGCAGAUGGAGCUCGCUCAGAUUCCAGACGAGGAUGGUGGGAAGCAAGGAAGCCUUUCGAGCACUGGGAUGACGACAAUGACGGUUCCUCUCGAAGUAGUCCAACUCCAGGGAAAAGUUGAGCUGAGUCCAAUCGGCGUCAACAAGUACCAUUUAGGGAUAAUCUUCAAGAACAAGGAGGGUGCAUUCGUGAAGCUGUUGGAGAGUUUGAGCAAAGUCGGAGCUGAGGUGACUGCUGUCAGCUCUGUGGCCUUCUCUGGUUUUUCAGAGACUGUCCUCUGCAUUGAGGUUAAAGAUGAAGAAAGGUUUUCCAUGGCGCAGUUGAAGCAGCAGCUUUUAUCCAUGGUUUGAGCAGCAGCUAGAAGAUACAAAAUUAUUAAAACAUAAGAAAAAUAUUUAUUGCUUACGGUGGGAAAAUAAAA